GAGUGAGGUCGUAGCCCAAGAGAAUUUGCAUCUCAGGUCAUCGCCAUGUUAGUGAGCUGGCGAGUGAGCUGUCAACAGGUUCGAGCGGCGCAGCGGCCUGGCACACUGAUGCCAGUACGGUGGAAGACAACGUUCAAAGAGCAGCCAAGGAUCAAUGCUGUUGGCAUUCAGUACCUCUCGCACCACCUGGAUAGACAGGUAUUCCCUUCAAAGAGGCAAUCAGAAGGGUUGCGGUCUGAAGAGGAUGAGCGGUUGAUCGACAUAUCGAAGAGCUACUUGCAGAGGCAUGGCCUGCUGGGGAAGAAGACAUCGAUUAAGGAGCCCAUCAGCUUUGAUCUACCGAAGCUACAGGGGAAUAAUUUGGAUGAACACUUCAGAAGGUUAGCACUGUUCGCCUCAGACCCAUAUCUACAGUACGCUAAGGACUUUGCUGAGGUGACGCUGCCUCCCAAACCGAAGGAGUUCCUGUUCAAGUCAGGAUGGCUCAAGUACACACGGGAUGGUGAUGUUGUUGAAGUUGCGUAUCCGGAAGGUGACGCCCUUGUAUUUGACGUUGAGACGUUGUACAAAGUGUCUCAUUACCCGAUAAUGGCAACAGCAGCUACAAAGGAUGCUUGGUAUGGCUGGGUUUCCCCCAAGCUAACUGGUGAAUCUGAAUCGUUUGAACAUCUCAUACCUCUCAAUACUGUUCAGCAGAAAAGGGUCAUCGUUGGUCACAAUGUUAGUUAUGAUCGUUCUCGUGUGAAGGAGGAGUACAGUUUAGCAGAAUCCAAGGCUUUCUAUCUGGACACAAUGGCUUUGCACAUUGCAGUUUCUGGAAUGUGCUCACAACAAAGGAUCAAGUGGAUGGAACAUCGCAAGCUCAAGCAUGCCGAGGAACUUGACGAGGAGGAAAUCAGAGAUUCUGAAAUUAAUGACCCCUGGGUCAACUAUAGCAGUCCAAAUUCUUUGGCGGAUGUUACUGAGUUUUAUUUCAAGGAAAACAUUGACAAAUCAAUCAGAGACACAUUCUCAGAACUUGAUAUCCAAGUAAUUCGUGAUGACUUCCAGAACUUGAUAGGUUACUGUGCCAAAGAUGUUGCAACUACACACAGGAUUUAUUCACAUGUAUUACCAGAGUUCCUAGAGAGUUCUCCACAUCCUGUCUCAUUCGCAGCUUUGAAAUUUAUGGGAACAGGUAUUUUAACUACAAACAAGAGUUGGGAAUCCUAUUUAGAAAGUUCUGAAAAGCUUUACCAAGAAAGUCGCUCUCACAUUGAAUCAAGCUUGAGAGAACUAGCCGAGGAGGCUGUGUCUUUGAGAGACUCACCAGAAAUUUAUAUGAAAGACCCCUGGUUGAAACAAUUGAACUGGAAAUCUACACCGCAAAAGUUUAGAAAGGAUGGUCAACCGUACAAGAAGCAGAAACUUCCAGGAUACCCAGAAUGGUAUAAGGAGCUCUACGACUCAAAGGAUCAAACUUUACGUUUAACUACAAGAGGGAGAGUAACACCAUUACUACUGAAACUGAAGUGGGAAGGAUAUCCAGUGAUAUGGAAUGAUCAUUAUGGUUGGUGUUUUGAGGCACCCAGAUCGAAACGUGAAGAAUUGCUGCAAAAGAAUUACAUCCUUGAAAAGGAUUUCUUGAAGACAUAUGGAACGAAAAGGCCAACUAAGGGCAAACAAAAGAAAGAUGUAACUGAAGAGGAUCUAUUGGGUCAAACGGAAUCUGAAAUUGAGUCCUUUUGGAACAAGGACCCCGAGACAUCUGAGUUCGUUUACUUUAGAAUUCCAAACAAUGUUGGUCCGUUGCACCGGACAAGUCUACUACUGUCUAAAGGCUUCUCCAAUGCGUUCGAGAAGAAUAUUCUUUCAUCUGAUAACCCAGUUGCUCAACAAGCCCUUCAGAUGAAUGCUAGUUGCAGUUACUGGAUCAGUGCACGUGAACGUAUCAUGAAUCAGUUUGUUAUUCACAAGACAAAGAACUACAGUAUUAUUUUGCCACAAGUCCUUACUAUGGGAACAGUUACCAGAAGAGCAGUGGAGAAAACAUGGUUAACAGCAUCAAAUGCGAAAAAAUCAAGAAUUGGAUCCGAGUUGAAAUCUAAGGUUAUUGCUCCACCAGGGUAUUGUUUUGUUGGUGCAGAUGUUGAUUCAGAGGAACUUUGGAUUGCAUCCUUAGUUGGCGAUGCUAUGUUCAAACUGCAUGGUGGUACGGCGAUUGGUUGGAUGACAUUGGAAGGUUCAAAAAAUGAAGGAACUGAUUUACAUUCCAAAACAGCUAGCAUUUUGGGUAUCGGCAGAGGUGAAGCCAAGGUUUUCAAUUAUGGUCGAAUAUACGGGGCUGGUGUCAAAUUUGCAACCACUCUUUUAAAGAGAUUCAAUCCAAACUUUACCGAUGAAGAGUGCAAAGUGCGUGCAGAGAACUUGUAUGCUGAGACGAAAGGAAGUGAUGGAAAGUUUUACAUCAACAAGGAACGACACAAGCUAUGGUAUGGUGGUUCUGAAAGUGUUCUUUUCAACGAGUUGGAACGCAUUGCACAGCAUGAUCAUCCGAAGACACCCAUAUUGGGUGCAAGCAUCACCAGGGCUUUAAUGGCAAAGUAUUUGAAUGUGAAUUCAUUCCUACCGUCAAGAGUGAAUUGGGCUAUUCAGUCGUCUGGUGUUGACUAUCUACAUUUGUUAUGUGUCUCUAUGAAUUAUUUAUUGAAGAAAUACUCCAUCAAAGCGCGUCUUUGUCUAAGUGUUCAUGAUGAAAUCAGAUACUUGGUAAAAGAGGAGGAUAAAUAUCGUGCUGCUAUGGCAUUACAGAUAUCGAAUAUCUGGACUCGUGCUAUUUUCUCUGAGAAUUUGGGUAUGAAGGACCUCCCACAGUCUUGUGCCUUCUUUUCUGCUGUUGAUAUCGAUCAUGUGUUGAGAAAGGAAGUUGAUAUGGAUUGCGUGACUCCAUCGAAUCCGAAUCCGAUCUCACCUGGGAAGUCGCUAGACAUCUUGGAGCUACUCUCGAAACCUGAAAGUAGCUUGGGUGUUGGAAAAGACUUGAAGUUGACCGAGAAGAUUGUGCUUGAAGUCCCAAAGCAUACACAUGAUACUUUUGAUAACAGUAAGGAAGACUAUUUCUCAUUGAAGAAUCCACUUUGGAAGGAGACGUAUCUCAAAAUGCAAAUAGCAGACGAUAAGGAGCAGUUCAAACAGAUCUACAGAUCAUAUAGUGGUGAAGUUCGUCAACAAAGGAAACAGCGCUCAGUGGAUAACGAUGUGUUCUUCGAGAAUUCGCCUGGAGGGCUAGCUAACACCGUUACAAGACAAUCAUUAACCACAGCUCCUGUUGAUGAUGCCAUUCCGUCAGCACCACCAAUGAAUAAGGAGACAAAGAAACGCAAGUAUAAACGAAGGGAAACAUAUGCGGAUGAACUGAGGGACAUUGCUAACAUGCUCACGGAGUGUGAUAUCGACUCUUUGAAUCCAGCGCUCCCGCGUAAACCUUACAGGAGAAACUACAAUAGGAAGUUUGAAAAGUUCCAGAGGCAUCAACCAGAGCGACUGUCGUUUGAAGAACUUGAGCGUUGUGCACCUGUUGGUCCCUCAUCUAGAAAGACAUACGGGCAUGUGAAUGACUCUCAAAGCUUUGAUCCGUUUGACCCUAGCGUCUUUGAUCCGUCUGUUUUCAGGGUACCUGACAAGGGAAAUAUAAACAAGAAACAAUCUGGUCAUGUUGAAGAAUACAGUGAGCUCAGGAACAGGAUUUACACCAAUCCUUCAGCUGUGGAAGCAUUCUUCAAUGAUCAGCCAGUACCAACCCGACGAACUUCCCGAGUCCGCCAUUAAUUGAUACCAUAUUAUUACGAUUAUCUAAUGACACAACAUCUAUAUGACACUAGGCGGGUUUGUAAUGCAUCCUGUGAUGGCUUACGCGUGCUAAAAGUGGUUACAAUGUUAAUAUUAAGUAUAUAUAACGUGUUUUGAAUCCCUCUUCCAAAU